ACCAGAUCCAUCGGCAACGGCGUCGCCUCCCUGAUCAUGUAUUUUUUUUCACCAUAUCAACAAACAAAAAGCUAUAUUGUCCCGGUAACCUGUAGCCAAUUCUGAUACAAAAGUCGUUUGGACAACGAUGAAGGAGUCAUGUAGCCUGCUGAACGGGGUUGGCGGACUUUUUCUGCCGUGCUAGUAUCAUAUGCAGCCCUACCACCUGUCUCCAAAAAUAGCAAGUGUGCCAGAUACGCCUGAACCCACUGUUUUUUCUUCAAUAAUGACAGACAAAAAGGGUGACCAUGACAUGACAAGCAAGGACUAUUACUUUGACUCUUAUGCUCACUUUGGCAUUCACGAGGAAAUGUUGAAAGACCAAGUGCGGACAUUGUCUUAUCGUGCUUCCAUUUACAAUAACAAGCAUCUGUUUCGAGACAAGAUUGUGCUUGAUGUCGGUUGUGGAACAGGGAUACUGUCCAUGUUUGCAGCCAAGGCAGGUGCCAAGCACGUUUAUGGGAUUGAUAUGUCCAAUAUCAUUACACAAGCGCGGCAAAUUGUAAAAGACAAUCAUCUCGCUGAUAAAAUCACCUUGAUCCAAGGCAAAAUGGAGGAGGUGGAAUUACCGGUGGAUAAAGUGGAUAUCAUCAUUUCCGAAUGGAUGGGCUAUUUCUUACUGUACGAAUCCAUGUUGGAUACUGUUUUGAUUGCGCGCGACCGGUAUCUGGCCCAGGGAGGUUUAAUGUUUCCUGACAGGGCGACAGUCUACCUUGCUGGAAUUGAAGACGCCGAGUACAAGGAGCAAAAAAUUGACUACUGGAACAAUGUAUAUGGAUUCGAUUACUCUUGUAUACGUCAAAUCGCGUUGAAGGAACCUUUGGUGGAUACUGUCGAAGCCCAAGCCAUCAUGACCACCGCUUGCGCUUUCAAGGAAAUUGAUCUUCAGACUGCCCGUAAAGAAGACCUGUCGUUCAAAGUGCCUUUCACUCUGACCGCUACCAGGGACGACUAUUGUCAUGCUUUCAUUGCUUGGUUCAAUAUUGGUUUCACCCAUUGUCACAAACCAAUCUAUUUCUCCACAGGACCCCACGCAAAAUACACUCAUUGGAAACAGACGGUUUUCUACACACCCGAUACAUUGACCAUGAAACAAGGCGAAACUGUUCAAGGAUUCAUUCGUUGUAUACCGAAUACACAGAAUUCUCGGGAUUUGGACAUCACCAUUGAUUACAAUUUCCAUGGGGAACACGAUCACAUAGAGGAACACUGUGAUUACAAAAUGUGUUAAAGACAAAAAAAUUGAAGUGUCACAUAAAAAAAAAGAAAGUGACCCACACGCUUACUAUUCUUUUUUUUUUUUUGUCUC